AUAUAUUUUAUAUCUAAAUAAAUGCUAUGCAAAUAUCAUGUCAAAUUUCUAUUAGCAAGAAACAUUUUUUUCAUCAUCUGUAAAUUUGAUCGUUUUGCUCUCCACCCACCAGUCAUUAACAUGAACACAUCUGUAGUUUAACUAUUAUAGCCUCCUCCUACAGUUUGAAUAGGCACUGUGCAGGCUUUAUAGUCCACUAUACGAUCAAACAUGAUUUUUAAAAACAGUUGAAUGUAUUUAAAUGCAUACAAAAGUUAAUUAAGAGCACAUCCUGUGUGAAUUGACUGUGCAAAUUUUCUUUGUUCACCUUGAUGGAAAGCAAAAAAAGCAGCCAAUUUCAUUGUGAAAUGUAAUUGGCGUUAAAGGUUAGAUGCAUUUGCGAGGCUAUAUGUGCUUAUAUGUGCUCACUUACUUUGGAACAGAUAACGAUUGAUGCAAUGAUGAAACUCUUUUGGCACUUUACUCUGGUUCAGUUUAGUCUUAACUUGACGUUCAUUCAUGGUUGUGACAAAACAUUAUUAUUCAAAUGAGUGUUAAAUUAAGUUAGUGUUCAUUUUUUUUUAUAGAUAAAUAGUGUAUAUACACACAGAUGUGCAGGAAUGUAUGUUAUGCAUAUGUGCACACAUUGUUUGUUUUUGCCUUUUCACACUAAUGAACAUGUAAUGACUCGCCUGUGAAAACUGAGAUGCUGUCUCAUCUACCAGGUGUUGUGGUGCAGACGAGACAGGAGAUCACAUAUAUCUUUUUGUCUGCUUAGAGUUUCACUGUGCUUGAAUAUCUGCAUAUUAGUUUCUGCCUUUAACAGGAACGGGGACCAUAGCAUAGGCUACACACUGGUUCAGACACACUUUUUUUGCAGGCUAUACUUUAAAAUGGCAUUAGUAAGAAAUCCUACUGCAAACGUUCAUUUGGAUCCAUUUUAGACUUUCUAACCAUAGCAGUUUUAAAGAGAGUGCAUGUUAAAUUGAAAGUGCAAAGCUUAAUAUACUGUGAAAUGUGUUUAAUUGUCUUUGAAGGAAAACCUAAACCUUCAUUAAAUCUUUAAGGUGCCUCUUCUUGUGACAGCAGCAUUAGGUGUCAUGUGUCCCAAUGAGUGAGAGUGCAUCGAACAGUUCAGCGUACCAUCCAGAAUGCUUUGUGAUUGUUCCUUGAAGCAUUGAUGAAAUUUGAAUUGCUCAUCUGAGAGACUAGAAUUGUUUUACUUCAUGUAAGUUCUCUUCAUGUAAGUGUUUUUUGUUUAUUUUUUUGUUUUUUGAAUUUGUGACUUAAAUAGAACUGUUGUUCUCUAAAAGACUUAAGCCGAAUUCAAAUCCUCCAGACAAUUGUUCCAGCUCAAACUAAUAUUUUAAUACUAAUAUCAGUUACUAUUACACAUGUGAGGUCACGUGGUGUUGCUAUGACAAUAGGGAGUCAGUUACUGGAGAGCAGCUGCACACCUUUACAGUAAUUUGUUAAACCGCAAGGGAAGAAAUUCAGAGACUAACAGAGAUCAGAAGGGAAGCAAAAUGCCAAAGAAAAGUGAUACAGCAAGAAAACUGGAAGAUGUGGGAAUAGAAAUUGAUGGAGAUGUGGAGAGUGCUGAAGAGGACAAGAAAGCAAAAGGCAAGGGUGCUAAAAAACCAGCAGCCGGUAAACGGGGCAAAGCAGCUGCCAGUGAGGAUGGUGAGGAUGAAGAUGAGGAUGAUGAACCUCCAAGAGGUCGUCGGGCAGCCAAAAAAAAGAAAGCAGCCCAGGCGGACGAGGAAGAAAGCGAUGAUGAUAUUCCACAGAGGAGAUGUGCCGGGAACAGGAGAAGAGGAAAAGUACGCGAGAGUGGGCGAGAUGGGGACAAUGAGAAGUCCGGCAGAAAAAACAAGAAAGGUGGGAAAAAAAAGAAGGAUGGUAAGGGGAAAGGAAAAGACAAGGAAAACGACAAAGACAGCGACAAAGAUGAAAAGAAGAAAAAGAACAGUAGUGGUGAUGAUUCUAAAUCAGAUGAAGAGGAGGAGUCCAUGUCCGAAGGAGAAAUGGCCAAACUGAUGGAGGAGGUGGAGGAGAAGAAGAAACUGAUCGCAAACAUCAGGAACAAGCCCUGGCGAAUGAGAAGACGACUUAAAGUCCUCAAAGAGGCUCAGCAGUUUGUGGAUAAAUUCGAAGGUGCUUUGGGCAAAGGGAAAGGCAGGAAACUGUAUGCCUACAAAGUAAUGAUGAUGAAGAAAUGGAUAAAGUUUCAGAGAGAUUUUGAAAAUUUUAGGACAUCUUGCAUCCCAUGGGAGCGGAAAAUAAAGGAAGUUGAGAGUCAUUUUGGCUCCUCAGUUGCUUCAUACUUUAUUUUCCUCCGUUGGAUGUACGGCAUGAACUUGGUUCUCUUCAGCUUGACCUUUGGCCUGGUUGUGAUACCAGAGGUUCUCAUGGGGCUCCCAUACGGGUCCAUUCCUCGGAAAACUGUGCCGAGAGCUGAGCAAGCAACUGCUAUGGACUAUUCUGUUCUCACGGAUUUCAAUGGUUACUGCAAGUACUCAGUACUUUUCUAUGGCUACUAUAAUAACCAGAGAACCAUUGGCUUACUGAAGUUUCGUCUCCCUCUGUCUUACCUGCUGGUGGGCAUUGGGACCUUCGGGUAUAGCCUCAUGGUUGUGAUCAGAACGAUGGCUAAAAACGCAGAUGUGGGGGGAGGGGAUGGAGAAGACAAUGAGUUCACCUUUGCCUGGAAGAUGUUCACCAGCUGGGAUUAUCUUAUUGGGAACGCUGAGACAGCCGACAAUAAAUACGCCUCCAUCACCACCAGCUUCAAAGAGUCCAUUGUGGAUGAGCAGGAGAACCAAAAGGAUGAGAACAUUCAUCUAAGGAGAUUCUUACGUGUCCUAGCCAACUUUCUCAUCACCUGUACACUGGGAGGAAGUGGCUAUCUCAUUUACUUUGUGGUCAAACGUUCCCAAGAGUUUGCCAACAUGGACAACCUCUCUUGGUAUGAGAAGAAUGAGCUUGAGAUCAUCAUGUCUCUUCUGGGACUGGUGGGUCCAAUGCUGUUUGAGACCAUCGCUGAACUGGAGGAAUACCAUCCACGUAUAGCUCUCAAGUGGCAGCUGGGGCGUAUAUUUGCACUUUUUCUUGGGAACCUCUACACAUUUUUGCUUGCUCUGUUCGAUGAGGUCAAUUCGAAACUUGAAGAGGAGGAUUCUAUAAAAAAUGCCAGCCUUUGGUUCGUGAAGGAGUAUUACGCCAACUACUCAGCUAACAACCCAAAUGACACGGGCACCCCGCCCCCUAUUGACCCCGCUGAUAUCAUCAGGGGUCCAUGCUGGGAAACUACAGUUGGAAUAGAGUUUGUGAAACUAACCAUAUCAGAUAUACAAGUGACUUAUCUGACCAUCCUCAUCGGUGACUUCCUGAGAGCUUUUAUUGUGCGUUUCCUGAACUACUGCUGGUGCUGGGAUCUGGAAGCCGGCUGGCCCUCCUAUGGUGAAUUUGACAUAAGCGGCAAUGUGCUUGGUUUGGUGUUUAACCAAGGAAUGAUCUGGAUGGGGGCAUUCUAUGCUCCUGGUUUGCUGGGCAUCAAUGUACUGCGGCUCCUGUCCUCCAUGUACUAUCAGUGCUGGGCUGUAAUGGCCUGUAAUGUCCCACAUGAGCGGGUCUUUAAAGCUUCCAAAUCCAAUAACUUCUACAUGGGCCUGUUACUGCUCAUCCUCUUCCUGAGUCUCCUGCCUGUGGUUUACACCAUCAUGUCUCUGCCGCCCUCCUUUGACUGUGGACCCUUCAGUGGGAAAGAAAGAAUGUUUGACGUCAUUAUGGAGACCAUUGAUCUAGAUCUCCCUGCGUUUAUGGGGACGCUCUUCGGCUACGUAGCAAACCCUGGACUCAUUAUACCAGCAGUUCUUCUCAUGGUUCUGGCCAUUUACUACCUGAAUUCUGUCUCAGAGGCCUAUCAGAACGCCAACAUGGAGCUAAAAAAGAAAAUGCAGUUGGCGAGAGAUGAGGAGAAGAACAGACGGAACAACAAAGACAGCACCAACCAGGUGAUGAAGGACCUGGAGGAUCUACUUCCAAAUAACUCUCGUCCACCCCCUUCUCCUCCAGAGAAUAGAGCAGAAAAAAAACAUGACCAGGGUGGAAAAUCUCCAAAAGUGAAACCAGGCACAGCUGGAGGUGGUGUGCAUCUGCAGAAAGAUGUGUCACUUGCGUCAGCUAAUCCUAGUGCCCGGGGGCCUGUGACUCGAGCGCCAGGCCCCAGGGGACCUGGACCUCUACCUGGUCAACCAGGGCCAGGCAGGGGUCAAGGGCCACCACCUAGACGGCAGUAAUGUGUGAUCUAUUCAUUAUCGUGUGCUCUGCUGGUCUACACACUGUAAAAUGAAUAUAAGCAUUGGUUGUUUUAUUAAAGAAAUUCAUAUUUAAAAUAAUUUCAUAAUUUGCUGCUGGACACUUCUGCAGAAAUCUGGAAAACUGGAAAUAUCAUAUUAAUUAUCAUACAUUUCCAUACAGUAAAUUGUUUAUAUCAUAUGCAUACUGUGGCCCCAAAAAGAAUUUGGUCACUUAGUCACAUCUAAAAAUGAUUUCAUUUAAUUUAAUUACCAAGUUAUAUCUUCAAACAGAUGGCCGAAUUUAUCCCAGAACUAACUUCCUUAAUUAACUUGACUGAAACAUUUUUCAGUGACUUUGAAUCACCCGAGUGAUUUUCAAAAUGAAGUUCGGGUUACGUUCAUCAUAUUACCUAUCAACAUCUUCUACUGACAUUGGACAUCCAAAAAGUCUCCAAAUACUUUGUGUCUUCAGUUUGAACCGUAUAUUGGUUGUUUUAUCAUUUAAAGAAAAAUUGUGAAAUGUUUUGCUUGAAAAGUGUGCUCUUGAAUUUUUCUUUUAAAAUAAAUGAUUUGCUUUUGUAUUUUGUUUAAAGGGGUCAUAUUAUGCUCUUUUACAAAGUCUUGAUUUUGUUUUGGGCUCGAAUGAACGGCUUGAAUUGUUCCUGUAUCAAAUGAAGGCCCGCCUUCUGAAAUACGAAAUGUGUUGUGAUUGGUUGGCUGGGCCAGUGUGUGUUGUGAUUGGCAGCACUUGACGCCUGGUCGGGAGAUGUCAUGCCCCUUACCAUAGCAGCCUGUGAGCUUCAGUGUCUACUUCAAAAUCAAAUCAAUUUGAGCAUGAUUUAAACUCAGAUGAUUGUUACCACUCUAAGUGUGUCUGUCUUUGGAAAGCAGGCAUGUCUCCAACAUAGUGAUAACACUCGUUGUCUUCUCUAGUGCAGCUCAACCAGGUCUCGUCCCAUUCGUCGAUAUUAGUAGUAGUAGUCCAAACGAGUUGUUCAUUGUAGUUUUAGAAAAUUGAUUUUUGUUAAAUAAAAUACCUCCUUUUGAAGUGGACUUUGAGCUUUUUAACUUUGCAGAUUUUUUUGAAUGCUAAAACCGCAACAUAACAGACUAACUAAAGUUGAAAAAGUGAAAAAGCAUAAUUGGACCCUUUUAAUGCAGUGACAUUCAUGUAUUUUUAAUUGUGUCUUAAGUGUCUAAAUUCUCUUUGGGCCUAUGUGUUAUGUGUCUAAUGCAUGCAAA